CCAGAUUUUUCGUCAUCUAAGAUCCCUGUCAUUUUUCAUAGCUGCAGAACAGAAACCAAAUAGCAGAUUGUUUCUCUGCAAAUAAACCAAUGAUCAACUGUUCUUCUCAAUCUUAAUUCCUCGCAAUAACUCCUUCCCUCUGUGAUAUUUUCCAAUACCCAACAAAGCAAAUUCGAAUUUGCUAUCUCUCUGAAAAAUGCCUUCUCCAAUCCUCCCAGUAACUAUUAAACAAUCGCCCAAACACUCCUUUCUCGACCCAACUCCUCCCAUCUCAUCACCCACCUCCAUAAAUCCCGCAAUGUUACUAAAGCAAGAGAUCAUUGAUGACCCAGAAACCAGGAUUUUGAUUUCUUCUCCUUUUGAUGAAGAAACAGCUAUUUCUACUAAGCCUCUUUUGUCCAGGUCUUCUAGUUUUGUAGGUACUACAACCACAGCUUUUACUUCUGCAGAUUCUUAUCAACAGAGACGCCGAAGGAUCGUUAGUGAUACUUCCCUCCCUUCCCUUUCUGAUACAGGUAGUCCACGCCAAUCCGUUAGUCGUGAAAUGGGUCAUGCCGCUGUCGAGACGUUUCUGCUUACUAGAUUGAGUCUGAAGCUCUUGACAUAUCUAGGGGUAGGCUACAAAUGGAUCAUGAGAUUUCUUGCCCUUGGUUGUUACUCCUUGAUGCUUUUGCCAGGUUUUAUCCAAGUUGGAUGUUACUAUUUUUUCUCUAGACAGGUCCUAAGAAGUAUAGUGUAUGGUGAUCAACCAAGAAAUAGGCUUGAUUUGUAUUUACCAAAAAAUACUGAUGGGCCAAAGCCAGUUGUUGCAUUUGUAACUGGUGGAGCCUGGAUUAUUGGUUAUAAAGCAUGGGGUUCUCUUCUAGGAAAACAGUUAUCAGAAAGAGACAUCAUAGUGGCUUGUAUAGAUUACAGAAAUUUCCCUCAGGGAACCAUGAGUGACAUGGUGAAGGAUGCUUCUCAAGGCAUCUCGUUUGUCUGCAACAACAUUGCUCAAUAUGGAGGUGAUCCUAACAGGAUUUACUUAAUGGGACAAUCGGCUGGUGCACAUAUUGCUGCUUGUGCUCUCGUGGAGCAGGCAAUCAAGGAGGCCAGUGAAGGAGAAAGUGUUACUUGGAGGGCUUCCCAGAUUAUGACUUACUUUGGUCUAUCCGGAGGAGUUUUUCCUUUAACAUUUGCAAACAGGUACAAUUUGUUGAACCUAGUAGAUUACUUCCAUAGCCGUGGUUUGUACCGUUCCAUCUUUCUAGGCAUAAUGGAAGGUGAAGAAUCUUUAGAAAGAUUUUCUCCUGAAGUAAUUGUACAGGACCCCAACUUGAAGAAUGCAGUUUCUCUCUUACCCCCUAUAGUUCUUUUUCAUGGUACUGCAGAUUAUUCCAUUCCAUGUGAUGCCAGUAAAAAUUUUGCUGAAACUCUUCAGAGAGUUGGAGUUAGAGCUGAAUCAAUUUUAUAUGAAGGGAAGACUCACACAGAUGUUUUCCUUCAGGAUCCAAUGAGAGGAGGCAAUGAUCAGAUGUUUGAAGACUUGGUUGCAAUAGUUCAUUCUGGAGAUCCAGAAGCCCAGGCCAAGGAUGCAGUGGCUCCUCCAAGAAGACGCCUUGUUCCUGAACUCAUGCUGCAGGUGGCUCGCAGAGUCAGCCCUUUCUAACUGUUCCCGAACACUCUUUUUCACUUCCUAACUACUAACCAUAUAAACGCCAUAAGCUGCUUCUUAAUUCUUUUCACUGAUGUACAGUAUCACUAAAUGGAAGUUGAUUACUUCA